ACCAACAAACAUUUUCAUAGCAACCAGCGUCUUAUAUAAUACAAACAAAUAUCCCGCAAUAUUAAAUAGCGCGCUUACUACCAAAAACCAUUUUCUGUUUAAAAAUGUAUUCGGCUCACGUAAUAAAUGAUGGAGAUUUUACUAAAACAGUUUAUACACUAAUAAAAGACAACCGAUUCAGCCAAGCCAUAAAAGUCUUACAUGGAAUUCCAGAGUCGAGUUCUAGCAGGGCCGGACUCAGCCUUUUAGCCUAUUGCUACUUUUACAUUCAAGAUUUUAAUAAUGCCGCCAGUUAUUACGAGCAACUGACCGAAAUGUUUCCGGAAAAUGACGAUUAUAAACUGUAUUAUACGCAGUCGCUGUAUCAGGCUUGUUUGUACGAUCAAGCCUUUCAGGUAUCAAAUAACUUACUAGAGAAUAAAUCCUUUGUCGGCCAAAUAACGAAGCUACAAGCCGCAAUAAAGUACAGCCAAGAAGAUGUUCUUUCUGCAAAGAGCUUGGUCGAGGCAUGUCCAUCUGAUGAUCCCGAUAAAGAAGUUAAUUUGGGAUGCCUCCUUUACAAAGAUGGCAAUUACGAAGAAGCCCUAGUAAAAUUUAAUGGUGCUCUUCAAAACCAAGGUUUUAAGCCUUAUUUGGCUUAUAAUAUCGCGUUAUGUUACUACAAGUUGAAGGAGUAUGGAUUAUCUUUAAAAUUUUGUGCUGAUAUAAUAGAAAAAGGGAUUAGAGACCAUCCGGAACUAAGCAUUGGCAUGCAAACUGAAGGGAUAGAGGUUCGGUCGGUGGGUAACACUUUAACUCUGCACGAAACAUCUUUGACUGAGGCGUUUAACUUGAAGGCUGCCAUAGAAUAUCAACUUAAAAAUAUAGACGCAGCAAGAGAAGCCCUGACAGAUAUGCCACCCAGGGCAGAAUACGAACUGGAUGCUGUUACCCUGCACAACCAGGCACUAGUUAAUUUCGAUCAAAACCCUACAGAGGGUUUUGAAAAGUUACAAUUUCUUUUGCAACAAAAUCCGUUUCCACCAGAGACAUUUGCCAAUCUAUUGUUGCUCUAUUGUCAACACGAGUGUUAUGAUUUGGCCGCCGAUAUUUUAGCGGAAAAUGCCCAUUUGACUUAUAAAUACUUAACUCCUUAUCUCUAUGAAUUCUUGGACGCAGUAAUAACUCAACAAACAUCCCCGAGCGAGGCCUAUCAAAAGUUUGACGAAUUGGCUAGCAGACAUACCGAACAGCUCAGAAAACUGGCUAAGCAAGUGCAAGAGCACCGGAAUAGAGGCGACAUAGAGGUGGUUAAAAAGGCCAUUAUGGAAUAUGAGGAAUACCUGGAAAGGUAUAUCCCAGUGUUGAUGGCACAAGCAAAGAUUUACUGGGACUUAGAAAACUACCCACAGGUGGAGAAAAUUUUUAGAAAAAGUGCAGAGUUUUGCAAUGAACAUGAUACAUGGAGAUUAAACGUGGCUCAUGUUUUAUUCAUGCAAGAGAACAAGUUUAAGGAGGCCACUGGAUUUUAUGAGCCUCUGGUUAAAAAAAGCUAUUCAGAACUUCUGAAUGUAAACCCAAUAAUUUUGGCGAACCUAUGCGUCUCAUAUAUAAUGACCUCUCAAAACGAGGAAGCCGAAGAACUUAUGAGGAAAAUUGAAAAGGAAGAGGAUCAGAUGUUUUUUGAAGAGCCAGAAAAGAAAUAUUUUCACCAUUGCAUAGUAAAUCUGGUUAUUGGGACGUUGUACUGUUCAAAGGGCAACUACGAGUUCGGCAUUUCCAGGGUAAUGAAGUCUCUAGAGCCUUACGGGAAAAAAUUGGGCACCGACACCUGGUUCUACACGAAACGGUGUUUUUUAAGUCUAAUUGAGAACUUGGCCAAGCACAUGAUUGUCUUAAGAGACUCGGUUAUUGAGGAGUGCGUUCAGUUUUUGGAAGCUUGCGAACUUCAUGGAAAAAGGGUUAGAACCAUAGCCUAUUCGACAAUGGCUGAAGAAAAUGAAAGUCCCAAUGGCAAAGAGACAGUCAGUUACGAGGCCAGACAGUUAAAGGCAGUAUUAUUAAAGUUACAAGAUUAUUAAAAGAUAUUGUUUUUGACCAUGUUUAAAAAUAUUUCACUUAAAUACCAUUAUGUUUAUUUAAAAGUUGCAAUAAAAUAAAAAGUUCUGAA